UGCAAUAUGCUGUAGAGUGGGAGAAAAAGCACAAGAAGGGCUCAACUAAGAAGAGCUGGAGAGAGAGAGAGAGAGAGAGAGAGAGAGAGAGAGAGAGAGAGAGAGAGAGAGAGAGAGAGAGAGAGAGAGAGAGAGAGAGAGAGAGAGAGAGAGAGAGAGAGAGAGAGAGAGAGAGAGAGAGAGAGAGAGAGAGAGAGAGAGAGCCAGGCAUAUCCCAAAGACGGAAAGCUAGUGCUAACUUACGCACGCUACGACAUACGAUCUUAUAGCUAGUGAUCGAUCUUAAAGAACAAGCUAGGUCGCAUGGCUUUAAAACUCAUGAACAGCUGCUCCGGUACCUUUCAGACAUCCCUUCCGAUUUCACUAAUUAAAAAUACUCAGCCACCUACGAGAGCUCGAAGAUCUCCCAAGUUUUCUAUGACUCCCACCGGUCUCUACCAUAAGUACUACUCUAGUACUAAAGUCGUAUAUGCUCCCAAAGCCCGCACCAUGCCACCAGAAAAGGUAGAAAUAUUCAAGUCUAUGGAGGAUUGGGCUAGAAGGAAUGUCUUAACCCUCCUAAAACCCGUUGAGCAAUCUUGGCAACCACAAGACUUUUUGCCAGAUCCUACGUCAGAUGGAUUUGUAGAGCAAGUCAAUGAACUGAGAAAGAGAACAAAGGACAUUCCGAACGACUAUUUUGUUGUCUUGGUCGGCAAUAUGAUCACAGAAGAAGCCCUUCCAACUUACCAUGCUACUAUCAAUGGCACGAAAAUUUAUCAUGAUGCAACAGGCGUGGACAAGACACCUUGGGCAACAUGGGCCAAGGGAUGGAGUGCAGAAGAAAAUAGACAUGGCAAUCUUCUCAACAAGUAUCUCUUUCUUUCUGGACGAGUGGACAUGAAACAAAUCGAAAAAACAAUUCAUUAUCUGAUCGGAUCAGGAAUGGAUAUUGGCUCAGAGGGCAACCCCUACCUUUUCACCAUCUACACAUCGUUCCAAGAAAGAGCAACAUUUAUCUCCCAUGGUAAUACAGCCAAGCUUGCAAUGAAGCAUGGGGACAAGAUGCUUGCUCAAAUAUGUGGAACAAUUGCCUCGGAUGAAAAGCGCCACGAAGCUGCUUAUACCAAUAUAGUCAAGAAACUCUUCGAGCUGGAUCCAAAUGAAACAGUCAUGGCCUUUGCCGACUUGAUGAGGAAGAAAAUAUUAAUGCCAGCCCACUUAAUGUACGAUGGACAAGACCAUGAUCUUUUCCAUCACUAUGCCAAUGUCGCCUCUCGCAUUGGAGUGUACACGGCCAGAGAUUACAGAGAAAUACUCGAACAUCUGAUUGUAAGAUGGAACGUGGAGAAGUUAACUGGACUUUCGGGAGAGGGACAAGAGGCCCAGGACUAUAUUUGUGGAUUAGCCCAAAGAAUAAGAAGACUAGAGGAGAGAGCUCUCGCAAAGGCUCAAAAAUCACCCACCAUUUCCUUCAGUUGGAUUUCUGGCAUGUAGUCUAUUAUAUAUAUGGAAAAUACUUAGCAACAAAUAAAUUAUAUAAAAAUAAAUUUAUAAACUAAUUUAAUUUAAUGUAA